GACAGACAAUAAAACCCCACUUGAUUGAGCCCAGGCCACUCAAGACCUCUUUGAACUUUCCCCUCACCUUUGUCUGUGCACUCCGGCGCGCUACUUGACCCAAUGUCACUCUACCACCCUCAGCUUCUGUCUAAUGAAGGCCGUCAUAGACUGCUUCGCCAUGGGAGCUGGACUCCUCAUCCUCUGUCGCGGAUGGUUAGGCGAACCACAAUCUACGACCUGCCCUACGAGCUUCUCUUCAUUAUCCGUGACGCUAUACCCGAGUCCCAUCUAUUCACGCAUAUAGCCUUUUCUUCCACUUGCGUUGGUGUCCAUGCUCUCUAUGAGGAUGAAGACUUCUGGCGCUGCGCGUGUUUGGCUUAUGGUCUUGGUGUUUCAAGUCGCCCCGGCUCUCCGAUGGCUGGUAUGUCGUGGAGGCAGCUUGCAGGUGCCCAAGUUAUCCAUGCCGCUCGUUGCACAAAUGAACGCGACUGCAUACAUUUCCUCUCUUAUGAAUCCGUUCCAAGAGAGCUAUACGAUUAUAUAUAUUCACCAGGUCGGUACACUUGUGGUCUCUCGCUCUGGCGCAAUCGCACUUGGCAAGACAGCAUACCACUCACCCCAGAGACACUUCGAGAACGACAACUGUCGUGUCAUGGUUUCCGUACUGUUAUGGUGUUUGAUCUUGGCCGUGAAGGUGACAGCACACGCUGGAAGUUCUACAACGUCCACGCAGCGAGUGUGGUUUGGGGUAAUCUAGAGACCACUUGGAAUCAGCAUUUAGCCAUUGCCAGCAUGUUCGCUACUAACCCUCCUUUGACGCAGCUCAAGCUUAGGUUGUUUGAUUGCCUCAUUUUCUACGUCGAGAACCAGAAUGGGGUGACCGUUUGGGAUGUCCUCUCUAAAAUUCAGAGCAUUUUAAGCGGCACCAUGACUAUGGCGGAGUUCAUGGGAAUUAUGCAUAAUUGUGAAAACCUGCUUCCGGAGUUGCAGAGUUUUUCUUCCUUUCGUAGCAAGAAUAUGGCAGAUGUGAAGAGGUGGUUCGAAUUCUUACGAUCCAGAACGCAAGAAAUAGGCAGUGCGGAUUUCGAUGAAGAUCUUGCGAAAAUAGAUGACCUUCUUGCUCGAUUGCAGGCCGUUCCGCAGCAGGCUCUCGAACAUGUGUCUAUACUGGAAUAUCUGCAGCUCAACGUUGACGAAUACGGCAGUGAACCAUUCACAGAUAUCCUUCAAUCGUACGUCAUCUGGAACCUACUCCCACUAGUAGCAGGGCCUAGAUACAGAGACUGCCUUCGAUACGAGAGCAUAUCAUCACUUCUCCCAAACGUGUUCUUUGGAGGUCUAAGGCAGAAGGAGCCAGGAUCCACGACGUUCAACGUUAUAUGGCAUUUUCCAUCUGAUCACAACGUCCGAAGUCUGUUGCACCGCUUGCAGAGGUCAAACACUUAGGAGACGGGGUCGUAGUGUACCGUCCCAUUCUUUUCAUUUUGUUCGACGAAUUCAUGUGAACCUCUCUCUUGUCAUGUCUCUUCCGUAGUAUACGGUGUGCAUCAUUACGCCCUGAGAAUAAUACGCAGAUGCACUUUAUAUACUCAUGCCCACAAUAAGUAACCGGCGCUAGACGCCCAGCGUGUCAUGUCGUGUCGAUUUGCGGAGUGCGCAAUAUAAUGUACACUCAAUGGACAGUCCUACAAAUGUAUAUACAGUAUAAUAGAGACCUACUCUACCUAUAUAAAAUGUUAAAAUUAUU